CCAAAAAAAUCGUAGAACUACAAAGUUUAAAAAACUUGCAAAAAGUGAAGUUAUAAUACCAGUUUUCUCAACGCACGCGCUGUCAAACUACUGCAUUAUAUUUUCACAUUAUUUCAAAUGUUUUCAUUUACGAUAUCGAACGAUAUUUACUUAUAGCUAGCUAAACGAAAUAUUAAUUCAUUAAUUCAUAAUUAAUACACUCAAGUACCAUAAAAAACGAACCGACUUAAGUUUGAAAAACGAGUUCGCGUUAAUUUUUUUUUACAUCAUCACACAAGAAUAUUUUAAAAAUAAAAUGAAAGACGAAAUUUUAGCGGCCGUAUUAUUUUUAGUACGUUUUAUUGAAAAAAGUGAAAAGUUUCCACGUGACAAAUUGGACGCUUUCAAAUCUCAAUUAAUUGAGUUAUUGACCGAGCGAUUCAAGAAUCAUUGGUUCCCUGAUUGUCCAGCUAAGGGGCAAGGUUAUCGUUGUAUACGAGUGAAUGAAUUACAUCCGGUCGAUGUUGUGUUACAAAAAGCAGCGACAUUGGUGGGGUUAAGUUACAACGAUUUACAAUUGCCCAUUGAGUUAACACUCUGGGUGGAUCCCAAUGAAGUUUGUUGCAGAUUUGGUGAAACGGAAGGAUCGUAUUGCACGUUGGCAACAUUCUCAGAGAAAGAAAAUCAUUUUCUAACAUCAACAUCAUCAGAAUCACCAACGUCUGAACGAUCUGUAUCACCGGCAUCAGAUAUUAGCAGCGGGUCUGUGGAAAUGCCAAGCACUCAUCAUAACAGCAUUAUUCAAAACCAUCAUAGCAAAUUAAUUACAACCAAUAAUAUACACAUGGACAUGAAGAAAGCCACCAAUCCUAUCGGCACUCCAAAGAAGUAUCGUAACAACAACAAGAACCAUAGUAUUUCACCAAUUGUUGGCUACAACAAUCAUUAUUCCACACAUCAUAAUAAAAUUAAUAAUUAUGCACCAAAUAAUUUAGUACAACAACGCCAUCUUGGUGGUAAUAAUGGGGGUAAUCGUAAUACAAUGUCACAACAGCAAUCAACAUGGCGUACAAAUUAUUAUGAAAUUUUACCACAUUUUGCAUUAAAUAAUUCAACAAAUGGGGGCUCUUAUAAUACAUCAUCAAAUGGUUAUAACAAUUAUAAUAGACCCACUUAUCCAAGAAUGUCACAGUUUCAAAAUGUUUUAACUGUGUAACAGUGACACAGUGAAUCACAGUCACAGUCACAGUCACUGCUUUUAUCCGCAAUCACUACUAUUUACUUACUACUAUGAACUAUGAUUGUAUUUAAGAAAUUUAUUAUAUUAUUAUCUCUAGAUAUGCAUUCUUUUUCCACUAAUUCGUUUUUAUAUUUACCUAUUUGUAUAUUUCUCUCUCUCUCUCUGUAAACUAACUUAUAUACAGCACGUAUAAUGAAUCAUUUCGAAUGCUACAUCCAUGAGUAUGAGAGUACAUAUACAUUAAGCAAUGUGGAUAAGAAAGAUACUUCAACAAGCAAACAUAUAAUAGUAUCUUUCUUAUACACAUUGUUUAAAUGUAUAUGUACUCUCUCAUAC